AUGUCUACGCUGAUGAAACUGGGUGUUGUAAAGGUUCUUACGAACCAGGGCCAAGGAUGUAAAAUAGCGGCAUGCACGUUCGUGCAGAACCGUAACAUCGCUGGCAAGUCUCUUAGGAGCUCUCUGCCCUGCCCUCCUCCGAAGCCAGCUCCCUUCGACUAUGUAAAUAAAGACUACACUUGGCUGAGGAGUCUGUUCGACCGUACGACUCAUAGGUUCGAUGACAACACCAAAGUCGUCGUCGUCGAGGGCCCAGUGGCUGUUGGCAAGACCAAGUUCGCUGCUAUGCUUGCUGAGGACCUCGGAAUGAAGCAUUUCCCUGAAGCUAACAUGGACAUCCACUAUGUAAGGCCGAAUGGCGUCGACAUUCGCAUGUUUGACGAACAGAUCCCCGAGGACACUAGGACCUUUGACCAUGUGAACUUCAACUUGUGUCCGAACCAUCGUCUGGCUGGCAACUUCCAGAUUAUGAUGUACAUUGCGAGGUACAGUCAAUACAUUGAUGCUCUGACCCAUUUGUUGAACACUGGUCAAGGAGUAGUACUGGAAAGGUCUCCUUACUCUGAUUUUGUGUUUCUGGAGGCUAUGUACCGUUCCAAGUACAUUAGCAGGGCAGUGCGCCAAGUAUACUAUGAGCUGAGGGCUGAGAGCCUGGAGGAACUGAUGCGCCCACAUCUUGUCAUCUACUUGGAUCUGCCUGUGAACAAGGUGCAAGAAGCCAUUAAGAAACGUAAGCUAGAGCAUGAGGUCAGCGGCCGCGCACUGACGACUGAGUUCCUCACAGAAAUUGAGACCCAGUACAAGAACAAAUACCUUCGUGACAUCUCCACGCAUGCUGAGCUACUGGUGUACGACUGGACCGGUGGCGGUGAGGCUGAAGUGGUCGUUGAAGACAUAGAGCGUCUCAACUUCGACCAGUACACGGAGCGAGAGGAACCUAAAAUGAAGGACUGGCGCCUUCCCCGUGAAGUUGACUGGGCGGACCAGCGCAUGUUGUAUACCAACCAGAAGUUCUUCCUGAUGAACCUCUUCGGUAUACCCAAGCUGGAUGUGCCCGAACUUGUCACGAGUGCUGAUGAUGCGUAUGAAAGGCAAAAGGUCAUCGACGCUCACCCCAAAUUCGCUUACAUGGAGGGCUACAACGAAGGCGGCAACCUUUUCAAGAGCAAGGCGUCAAAAUACACAGAAUAUAUUUAA